AAGAAUAUUCUGCACUUGUCGGAGCAAAUUCCCCGACAGCCAUCAGCACGGCCUGCGUGGCUGUCGGUGCCCAUCGAUCGAGCUGACAACUUUGUUUCAAGCUCUUCAAGUUCAUCAGUGCAAAAGCAGCAGCUGUACAUACUACAUAUAUAAUAGCUGCCUAGCUCCACCGCAAAGCCGAGCAGGAGGCGACGAAACCAACUGAGGGUGCGUGUCGGAUGGCGAGGCCGAGGGAGGAGGAGCUCGUGGAGGCCGCGCUGGUCGCGGCGGCCGCAGCGCUGAUCGUGUCGGGCGUUAAGAGGCUGGUGGCGCCGCCCGAGCCCGUAGCUCCGUGGUGGUGGCCUGCGUCGCUCUCGGUGCCGUCUCCCGCGCUGUUCCUGCUCCUCAACGUCAUCAUCGCGUCUAUCGUUGUGGCGUCCGUGCAGCCGCGGCGGGGAGGAGCGGCAGCUUCGGCGUCGUCCGGGGGAGCCAUCGACGACGAACGGGAGGCGCGGGGAGACGCCGCGAAGAGGAGGAGGAGCAAGAGCAAGAGCAAGAGCAAGAAGCGGACGGCGGCCGAGGCCGCCAUUCCAGAUGGCUGCUACAUGGCGCUGGUCGUUACGGGCGAGCCGAUAGAGACGGCGGCGGUGAUGGAGGAGGUGGCGGCAGCAGAUGAGGAUGCGGCCGCCGAGGUGAACAAACGGGCUGAGGAGUUCAUCUCGGCGUUCCGGCACCACCUCAGGGUCGACUCCUUCUCGUCUACUACAACCCGGCGAAGCAACGCUAGAGCGGCGGCACCAUGCUCUAUCUAGAUAGUUCUGGAUUGCAAACAUAUUUUUAUGGUUUCCCCACUUUCAAAGAAUUUUUAAUUUGUGCUCCAAGUUUUUCUUCUUCUUUUGAGUUGUAGUUGUAUACUCUCUUAACGUCAGUUUCAUCCAAAUUCCCUCACUUUGCCUUUUCAUUUGACUACUCAACAAUUUAAUCAA